CUUCUGGUUUUGGAGAAUUAUAGGCGAAUGUCGAAGUCAUGCAAGGGCUUGGCAAUGGAGCUCGUGAAAUGUCUCAGCGAAACCGACUGCGUAAAGGUUCAAAAUAGACCAUACAGGGAAUGUGCUGGAGAGAAGGAACCUGCUAUAUCAAGUGAAUGUAUUGGUCUAAGAGAAACAUAUUUUAAUUGCAAGAGAGGUCAGGUUGAUAUGAGGGCAAGGAUUCGUGGUAAUAAGGGCUACUGACUGAGAGUCCUUGAACUUUAGCAUUCACUCACGUAUCCAUCUUAAUGGAUUGAGCUGUUUUUGAGUGUGAAAAUUUAACUAUGAUAUAAAUGAGGGGUGAUUAAAUUUCUAGCUUUGUUCAGUUAAUUUAUUUAUUUGUUUUGAACUUGAUCA